AUGACAAAGUCCCCUCCUCCUCAGGUGCUGAUGGAGACCCUCUCAGCUCUGGGGGCUCAGUGUCGAUGGGCCGCCUGCAACAUCUACUCCACCCAGAACGAAGUGGCAGCUGCUCUGGCAGAAGGAGGUUUCAGUGUGUUUGCAUGGAAGGGUGAGUCAGAGGACGACUUCUGGUGGUGCAUCGACCGCUGUGUCAACGUGGAAGGCUGGCAACCCAACAUGAUCCUGGAUGACGGUGGAGACCUGACUCACUGGAUCUAUAAAAAAUACCCCAACAUGUUCAAGAAGAUAAAGGGCAUUGUAGAGGAGAGUGUUACCGGUGUGCACAGGUUGUACCAGCUGUCCAAGGCGGGGAAGCUGUGUGUUCCAGCCAUGAACGUCAACGACUCGGUGACCAAGCAGAAGUUUGACAACCUGUACUGCUGCAGGGAGUCCAUCCUCGACGGCCUGAAGAGGACCACUGAUGUCAUGUUUGGAGGCAAACAGGUGGUGGUGUGUGGAUACGGAGAGGUGGGAAAAGGCUGCUGCGCUGCCCUCAAAGCCAUGGGCUCCAUCGUGUACGUCACAGAGAUCGACCCCAUCUGUGCCUUGCAGGCGUGCAUGGACGGCUUCAGGCUGGUGAAGCUGAAUGAAGUCAUCAGACAGGUGGACAUCGUCAUCACCUGCACAGGCAAUAAGAACGUGGUGGUGAGAGAGUACCUGGACCGCAUGAAGAACGGCUGCAUCGUCUGCAACAUGGGACACUCCAACACUGAGAUCGAUGUGGUCAGUUAGCAUCCAGUAAUACCUUGUAAAGAAACCAAA